AUCACCACCAAAAUACCCCAAAAAAAGGAAGUUAAAUCUCUGCCUAAAAUCGAAAACCCACAUCGAAAGAUCUCUCCUUUACGAGUUUUACAUUCCGUCUCGCCGUAGAUUCAGCUGUUUUGAGGGUCGGGUUCCGUUCAUCUUUCUACGGCGUUUGAUCUUCGGCAAUCACGGCUAUACACGGGAUAUCACGGGGUGUUAGCUUUCAUGUCCAUCUUGUACGCAAGGGUUGUUUGAUAGAGACUAAUCCUUUGCCGCACGGAGGACGUGGAGCUCUGCCGUCUGAAGGCGGCAGCCCUUCUGAUCUCCUCUUUUUAGCCGGAGGCGGUUUCGAAUUCAUCUCUUUCCUUUCUCAUUAGGUUUUAGGUUUUUAGGGUUUCUACUUUUGUUUGUUUCCUUUUUUGUUUGCUGUUUCGUGUGGGGGAAGUCUUUUCUUUUGUGUCUGAGAAUGUUGAAGAUUAAGAGGGUUCCGACUGUUGUGUCUAAUUACCAGAAGGAUGAGGCUUCUGAUGAAUCUGUUGGGUGUGGACGGAAUUGUCUCGGUGCUUGUUGCCUUAACGGGGCAAGGCUUCCGUUGUAUGCUUGCAAGAAGCUGGAGAAAUCUGACGCCGGAGAGAAGCUGGUGAUCAGCGGUGAAGCUAAAGAGCCUCCGGUGGCUUUUCUUGAGUCUCUCGUCCUAGGAGAGUGGGAGGAUAGGUUCCAAAGAGGACUCUUUCGCUAUGAUGUCACUGCCUGCGAGACCAAAGUGAUCCCAGGGAAGUAUGGUUUCGUUGCUCAGCUAAACGAGGGUCGUCACCUGAAGAAGAGGCCGACGGAGUUUCGUGUGGACAAGGUUUUGCAGUCUUUUGAUGGCAACAAAUUCAACUUCACUAAAGUUGGCCAAGAGGAGUUACUCUUCCAGUUUGAAGCUGGUGAAGAUAGUGAAGCUCAGUUCUUCCCGUGCAUGCCUCUUGACUCUGAGAAUUCUCCCAGUGUUGUUGCCAUCAAUGUUAGUCCAAUUGAGUAUGGUCAUGUGCUGCUGAUUCCUCGUGUUCUUGACUGCUUGCCUCAAAGGAUUGAUCACAAAAGCCUUUUACUUGCACUUCACAUGGCUUCUGAGGCUGCUAAUCCUUACUUCAGACUCGGUUACAAUAGCUUGGGUGCUUUUGCUACUAUCAACCAUCUUCACUUUCAGGCAUAUUACUUGGCCAUGCCUUUUCCCUUAGAGAAAGCUCCUUCCAACAAGAUGGUUACCACUGUUAAUGGUGUGAAAAUCUCAGAGCUUCUGAGUUACCCUGUGAGAAGUCUUCUCUUUGAAGGAGGAAGCUCCAUGCAAGACCUAUCUGAUACUGUAUCAGAUGCCUGCGUUUUCCUCCAGAACAACAACAUUCCUUUCAACAUUCUCAUCGCUGAUUGUGGAAGGCAGAUCUUCCUGAUGCCACAGUGUUACGCGGAGAAGCAGGCUCUAGGUGAAGUAAGCCCCGAGGUGUUGGAAACGCAAGUGAACCCAGCUGUGUGGGAGAUAAGUGGUCACAUGGUGCUGAAGAGGAAAGAUGAUUACGAAGGAGCUUCGGAGGAAAACGCAUGGAGGCUACUUGCAGAAGCUUCUUUGUCAGAGGAAAGGUUCAAGGAGGUUUACACUCUCAUCUUUGAAGCCAUAGGUUGUAGUUACCAAGAGGAGGAGCUUGAAGGAACCAUAGCUCAACAGGACAACCCUAGUGGCAGUGUUAACCAGAAAAGCAACCGAACCCAUGGAGGUCCUAUCACGAACGGGACUGCCUCUGAGUGCAUUGUCCUUCAGUGAACAGCUGCCGCCCGGUGGUUUUUAUGUAUAAUUAAAAUCUAUAAUACAUAAAUAAGCAAACUCUCUUGGUAGUUGCAUUUGAAACUUCUUGUUGUUUUCUUAUGAUGGUUAUGGGUGUUGUGUCCUAGACUUGCUGGCUCUUUUACUUGGUUGUAAGUUUAUGUUUUGGACUCCGUGAUGAUGAUCAUUAUGGAAUAAGUUCGAACAUCUUAUAUGUCCCGGUCUCGUGGAUGAUUGUAUAUGUCUUCGUCCUAAGUUAUUUUUUCUGGCAUCAGUUAUAAAUAGAGUUAAUGUUUCAACUUAUUCCGUUU